AUGUACGAACCCAUCGCAAUGAAAACGCGUCUUGGAUGGAUCGUCUGCGGAGGCGCGGAUACCGGAGAAGCUCUAGUGGGACAUCACAGCCACAGCGUCCACACUUGUCCAUGCAGCGAGCGGUCCGAUGAAAUGUUGCAGCAAGCUGAACGUGACUACUUCUCUCUGGGCAGCGAGCAGCGAAUACUGGAGUCAGCCACCCGGAAGGAAAGCGGUCGAUACGAAGUUAGCCUUCUAUGGAAGUUCGACGACAUCGAGUUACCCAACAGCAAACCGGCAGCUUUACGGCAUUUCCAUUGCUCGGAAACUAGAAUGAAGAAGCAGCCGGAACUAGCGGAAGUAUUACGAGCGAAGAUCGAAGAUUACCGACUGAAAGGGUACAUCAGGAAACUUUCCGACGAGGAGCGAGUGUGGUAUCUGCCGUUGUUCCCGAUGUUCAACCCAAACAAACCCGGCAAGGUGAGAAUCGUGUGGGAUGCGGCAGCUAAAACCAACGGUGUUUCGCUGAUCUCAAUGCUCCUGACAGGGCCGGACCUCCUCACACCGCUCGACUACGUUCUCUACCGGUUCCGAGAAUUCCUAGUGGAGCUCAGUGGUGACAUCAGGGAGAUGUACUUGCAGGUUUUCAUGUGCAAGAAGGAUCAGUAUUGUAUCAGAGUGCUAUGGUGCGACGACUCUUUCGGAAACCCCAGCACCUACGUAGCACAAGUUAUGCCCUUCGGUAGCUCGUGUUCACCAAGCUGCGCACAGUACGUGAAAAAUCUCAACGCGCAUAGGUUCGAAUCACAAUAUCUAGUUAGCGUCGAAUCGGAGCAGGAGGCUAUUCAGAUCGCUAAGGAUGUGAAGUUCGUUCACGCGCAUGCUGUAUUCGACAUGCGAAACUGGAUUUCCAACUCAUCUGCAGUCGUGGAAGCGAUGAGAGAAGAGAAUACCGACGAGAAGAGCUUAAAGCUCGGAAUGGAACUGGGAACAGAGAAGGUUUUGGGACUGUUAUCGAACGUAUUCAUCUACCUGAAGGUUCUCUUCCAAGAAGUUUGGCGAGCUGGCAUCGGAUGGGAUGACGUGAUUCCGGAAAGUCUCAACAAAAAGUGGGAGAAAUGGUUGAAGAUUCUACCGAAGGUGCAGGACAUCAGCAUACCUCGCUGUUACCGUUUCUUAACUGCGAAUUCGUGCGUAAAUGGCAUUGACCGUGGUACGAACUUUACGGCGGCAAGCAAGGAACUGGCGGCAAGCAAGGAUCCGGCGGCAAGCAAGGAACUGACGGCAGUGCGUUUAGAACUUGAGGUGGAACUCAAAGAGGUCGAUCUGGAGAGGAUCAUCCAAGCAGUCGUCGGGCCUGGAACGGAGUGGACAUUUCUUCCUCCGCAUAUGGGUGGAGCCUGGGAAAGGCUCAUUCAGUCGGUGAAGAAGAACCUCGCGGUGAUGAAACCAGAGCGAAAUCCAACCGACAAAGUACUCCGGAAUAUGUUGGCCGAAGUGGAGACCGUUAUCAAUUAUUGUCCACAGAUGCACGUGCCGCGGUCUCAAGCUGACACGGUCUUCGACAACAGAACGGUGAUUCUGCGCCGGGCGUGGUGUGCUUCACAGGUCGAAGCGAACAUCUUCUGGCGACGAUGGGUGCAGGAUUAUCUACCGAAUCUAACCAAGCGGACCAAGUGGUUUAACGAAGUCAAGCCGAUUGAGGUGAACGACAUCGUGGUAGUCGUCGACCCAGGACUUCCACGAAACUGUAGACCCAAGGGACGGAUAAUUUCGAACAACAGGAGCAAAGACGGGCAGAUGAGAUCAGCAGCGGUUUAG